AUGUCCGCCUCCCCCCUCCCUCCCGCUGCUGCUGCUGCUGCUGCUCCUGCUGCUGCUGCUGCUGCUCCCGCAGCAACAGCAGCAGCAGCAGCAGCAGCGUCUGCCUCUGCCUCGCCCCCCGGCUGCAGCAGCGGCGCGGCGCCCGCUCCCCCGCCCUCCUCCCCCCCUCCGCAGCAGCAGCAGCAGCAGCAGCAGCAGCAGCAGCAGCAGCAGGAGGGCGAUCUCUGCGAGGAGGAGGAGUUGGAGGACGGUUUCAGCAGCAAGUUGCGUUUCGAGUCGCGGGCUUUCCACUGGACCUCUCAGGGGAUAUCCCACGCGCGUCGGCGGCGUUUAAUUUUGCAACUCCAUCCCGAAGUGGAGCAGCUGAGUGGCUACGACAGCCUCGCUGGCCUUUACGCCGUGUCAGUGGUGCUGCUGAACCUCUCGCUGGCCUGGGCGGUGUCCCGGGGGGCCCCCUGGGGCCCCCGCUGGUGGCUGCUGCUGCUGCUGACUUACUGCUGCAGCGGGACUUUGAACCACAUUCUCUUUUUGGCCAUGCACGAGGCAGCUCACUGCACCCUUUUUCCCUGGAAAAGGGCCCACCCCCUCUUCGUCAUUUUCGCCAACUUCUCCAUGGGAGUCCCCGCGGGAAUGGGCUUUUUAAAGUACCAUUUGGACCACCAUGUCUAUCUAGGGACCAGUGGUCUGGACCCGGACUUGCCCUCUGGGCUGGAGGCGCGGCUGUGCAGCAGCAGCAGCGGGAAGCUGCUGUUCCUGCUGCUGCUGCCGUUCAGCUACACUUUGCGUCCUUUGCUGCUGCAGCGGAAGCCGCUGCUGCUGCUGGAGCUGCUGAACGUGCUGCUGGUGCUGCUGUGGGACGUUUGGGUGUACGUACACCUGAGCCCCGCGGCGCUGCUGUAUCUACUCCUCGGCAGCUUCUUUGGCCUCUCUCUCCACCCUUUCAACGGCCACUUAAUCGCAGAACAUUACCAAUUCCCUCGAGGUCAAAGACUUCAAGAAACUUGGAGUUCUUACGGACCAGAAAACCUCUUAACCUUCUGCGGAGGCUACCACACGGAGCACCACGACUUCCCGCGAGUCCCCGGCUACAGGCUCCCGCUGCUGCGGGCUGCUGCAGCAGAGUUCUACUGUCUCCCCUGCCACCGCAGCUGGCUCCACUGUCUCCUCGAGUUUGUCUCUUGUCCCCAACUGUCUCUUUUCUGCAGAGUCCUCAGGGCCUCCCCGCGGGGGGGCCCCGUCCCGGGGCCCCACCAGUUGCUGCUGCGGGAGCCGCAGCAGCUCGACUCGUACUGGCGCGGGCCGGCGGCUGCGAGGCGCAAGCUGCUGCUGCUGCAGCAGCAGCAGCAGCAGCAGCAGCAGCAGCAGCAGCAGAGGGAGAAGGAGAGGGAGAGGGAGAAGCGGGAGAAGGAGCAGCAGGACGCAGACGCAGACGCGGAGGUCGAGCAGCACCCGCUGCUCAAGAAACUCGUUUAG